GAUGAGAUGGGAAGAUGAAGCGUUCAGGUGUCGAGGCGCCCGCUAGGCUCCCGCGGCAUGACGUUGCUGCUUUAAGCUGCACAUUCGAUCGAUACGAUUGUCCCUCCGACAUCCCCUCCACUUCCAUCUCUCCACAAUCUUUUGACAACACUUUUUAGAAAGAAACAGCAACAUCAUGCCUAUCAUCAGCGUUAAUAACCAUGACAUCGCCUACACCGACACUUACCCGAACGGGGCUCCGACUGGCGCCCUGACCUUCAUUUUUGUACACGGCCUAGGGUCGUCACAAAACUACUUCUAUCCCAUCCUCCCCUGUUUAAAAAAUUACCGCUGCAUUACCAUGGAUACGUAUGGUGCUGCCCGCUCCACCUAUACCGGUGACACGAUUUCCAUUGCUUCCAUCGCUGCAGAUGUGGUCGGGGUGCUCGACGCCCUGCGAGUGUCCAAGGCGGUGGCCGUUGGGCACUCUAUGGGCGGGUUGGUAGUCACUCUCCUUGGUGCACAAUACGCGAAUCGCGUGGAGGCCGUGGUGGCUAUUGGGCCUACACACCCGUCCGAAGGACUUGAGAAGGUCAUGACCGAACGCAGUGAGCUUGCGUCAAGCGCCGGCAUGGAACCGCUGGCAGAUAAGAUCCCCGCGGGCGCCACGGGAUCACGCAGCUCCUCGUUGGUUCAAUCUUUCAUCCGAGAGCUUCUGCUCAGGCAGAAUCCUCAUGGAUAUUCGGCGCUUUGCCAGGCUAUUGCCACGGCGCCAGUGAUCGACUACUCGGCGGUCACAGCGCCGUUCCUGCUGAUUGCAGGCGACGAGGACAAGUCAGCGUCUAUGGAGGGGUGCGAACACAUAUAUACGCAUGUAUCAAGUGAACGGAAGCAUAUGCAGGUACUCUCAGGGGUUGGUCAUUGGCACUGCCUAGAGGCGCCGGAGGCGGUUGGACAGGCGAUUACACAUUUUGCAAAAGACCAGGCUCAGCAGGAUGGUUUUUGGUGAUGUAUGUUGAUGAGUUGUCUGGAUAAUGGGGUUUUUAAAAAGUCCAUUCUAUGUUGUUACUCUAUCUUGGUAGAUAGAUGGUACUUAUAAUAAAAAUACUAUUGGUUUAUCGCG